AUGAGUGAGAAAGAUGACUAUGACAAAGAGUACAAUGAGAAAGAUACUGAAAUUGAUGGCUCACCUGAUGAUAUAUAUGACACCGCAAAUGAUUCGUAUGAAGAAUACUGGAAUAAUUAUGACGACAGUUACGAUUAUCAUGAGAAGGGAUCUGGAAAAAACAUGAGUGAGAAAGAUGACUAUGACAAAGAGUACAAUGAGAAAGAUACUGAAAUUGAUGGCUCACCUGAUGAUAUAUAUGACACCGCAAAUGAUUCGUAUGAAGAAUACUGGAAUAAUUAUGACGACAGUUACGAUUAUCAUGAGAAGGGAUCUGGAAAAAACAUGAGUGAGAAAGAUGAGUAUGACAAAGAGUACAAUGAGAAAGAUACUGAAAUUGAUGGCUCACCUGAUGAUAUAUAUGACACCGCAAAUGAUUCGUAUGAAGAAUACUGGAAUAAUUAUGAUGACAGUUACGAUUAUCAUGAGAAGGGAUCUGGAAAAGAAGUGAGUGAAAAAGAUGACUAUGAUAAAGAGUACAAUGAGAAAGAUACUAAAACUGAUGGCUCACGUGAUGAUAUAUAUGACACCGCACAUGAUUCAUAUGAAGAAUACUGGAAUAACCAUGACGACAGCUACGAUUAUCAUGAGAAGGGAUCUGGAAAAGAAAUUAGUGAGAAAGAUGAUGAAACAGGUAUUAUAACUGGGGACACAGUAUAUGAAUCAUACGAUGAAUACAAUGAGGGCUUGAAUAAGAAAUAUGAAAAUAACUAUGAUUAUCAAUACGAUGAUCCUAGAGACAAAGUUAAUAGGGAAAAUCUUAAAAAUAAUAAUUUACAUGACGACGAGAAUUAUGAAGAAUACAAUAAGAAUAAUACAUAUGAUGCGUACAACUCGAUUGCGGAAAACGGUGAAGGACAGAAUUACUAUUAUGAUAGUUAUUAUGAUACGUUUUAUGAUGAAGAAAGAAAUGAAAAUGAUGGUGAAAGUAGCAAACAAAACAUCAACUUCGAUGACUAUGAUUAUCGUGAUUAUGAAAAUAACCCUAAGGAAAUCGGCAGGGAAUACAGCGAUGAUAAUGUAAAAAACGGAAGUACUGUACAACCAAAUUGGGAUAAGAACAAUAAUAAUAGUUUAAAUAAUGCAUCAGAAGUUGAGGAGGAGUUGUGUGAUUUAUCUGUAUAA